CACAGCCAGAGACCCCCUCCGGGAACCUCGCCUGCUGCUGCGAUCGGCCGACGCGCCCCCGCCCGAGCCGCGGCUGGCUGCGUCCACCUCUUCCACUUCAUUUAUCCGUGGAUCAUCUUGAGUACAGCUUGUAAAUGUUUAGCAUUUUGCUGCUUUACUGCUUCUUUCUGGGGACCGUUCCAGCACUAGCCGAGAGCGGCGGAGAGAGGCGACUCAGCCCCGAGAAGAGCGAAGUAUGGGGUCCCGGACUCAAGGCAGCCGUGGUCCUUCCCGCGCGCUAUUUCUACAUUCAGGCGGUGGACACUUCGGGCAAGAAAUUCACAUCUUCUCCGGGUGAAAAAGUGUUCCAGAUUAAAAUCUCAGCCCCAGAUGAGCAGUUCACUAGAGUUGGGGUCCAGGUUUUAGACCGAAAAGAUGGGUCCUACAUUGUAAGAUACAGAAUGUACGCCAGCUACAAAAACCUGAAGAUAGAAGUCAAAUUCCAAGGUCAACAUGUGGCCAAAUCUCCAUAUAUUUUAAAAGGGCCGGUUUACCAUGAGAACUGUGACUGUCCCUUGGAAGACAGUGCAGCCUGGCUACGGGAGAUGAACUGCCCAGAAACCUUUGCUCAGAUUCACAGAGAUCUGGUGCAUUUCCCUACCGUUGACCCGGAAAAGAUUGCAACGGAGAUCCCAAAAAGAUUUGGACAAAGACAGAGCUUGUGUCAUUACACCUUGAAGGAUAACAAGGUUUAUAUCAAGACUCACGGCGAACACGUAGGUUUUAGAAUUUUCAUGGACGCCAUACUACUUUCUUUGACUAGAAAAGUGAAGAUGCCUGAUGUGGAGUUUUUUGUUAAUUUGGGAGACUGGCCUUUGGAAAAAAAGAAAUCCAGUCCCCACAUCCAUCCGAUCUUUUCCUGGUGCGGCUCCACGGACUCCAAGGAUAUUGUGAUGCCCACCUACGACUUGACAGACUCUGUCCUGGAAACCAUGGGCCGAGUCAGUCUGGAUAUGAUGUCAGUGCAGGCCAACACGGGUCCUCCCUGGGAAAGCAAAAACUCCACCGCUGUCUGGAGAGGGCGAGACAGCCGGAAAGAGAGACUCGAGCUGGUUAAGCUGAGCAGGAAGCACCCGGAGCUUAUCGACGCUGCCUUCACCAACUUCUUCUUCUUUAAACACGACGAAAGCCUGUAUGGUCCCAUCGUGAAACACAUUUCAUUUUUCGAUUUCUUCAAGCACAAAUAUCAGAUCAACGUCGAUGGCACCGUGGCGGCCUACCGCCUGCCAUAUCUGCUGGUCGGUGACAGUGUGGUGCUGAAGCAGGACUCCAUCUACUAUGAGCACUUUUACAACGAAUUACAGCCCUGGAAACACUACAUUCCAGUUAAAAGCAACCUGAGUGAUCUCCUGGAAAAACUUCAGUGGGCAAAAGAUCACGAUGAAGAGGCAAAGAAGAUAGCCAAAACAGGACAAGAAUUUGCAAGAAAUAAUCUCAUGGGCGAUGACAUAUUCUGUUAUUAUUUUAAACUUUUCCAGGAAUAUGCCAGUUUACAAGUGAGUGAGCCCCAGAUCCGAGAGGGCAUGGUGAAGGUAGAACCAGAGACCGACGAUGACCUCUUUCCUUGCACGUGCCACAGGAAGAAGACCAAAGAUGAACUGUGAUAUGCAAAAUACCUUUCCUUCAAAUAGUGGUGCUCUGAAGACUCUUCUUAACUGAAAAGAAGAAUGUCUUCUAAAUACUAAUUCCAUGGACAGUAUAAAAGCUGCUCUAUGAUUGUCUGGAUUAUGAAGAUCUAUUUCUUCUUAUGCAGUAUUCCCACGACGGUCAUUGGAAGCACAUUUUUAGAAUUUUGUAAUAAAUCACUUUUAUUUUAAA